AUGGAGCCAUAUCGUUUAGCUAGGUUAGAAGCCGAUAGAACACCCGAGCCUCGUGUGCGAGAACCGAUAGCACGCCCUAGACCAAAUCAAAACCAUAAUCCCGACCUCCCCAUUGAUGUAGAGAGUGAUAUCCAACCAAGGCAUAGGCCAAGAGGGCGUGUGAUUGAGGAUAACUCCGAUAGGGAUGAGCCACAUAGACGUCGAGACCUUAGGCCGCGAGAAAGGGUCUCCGACGAGGAAUCGGAUCCCGAGUAUCUACCUAGACGAAACCCCCAUCGUAGAGCUAGGCCGGAGAGAUGGGCAAAUCUAGUUGAGGAAGAGGAACCUCGGCCCACUAGGGGUCAAGGGGCUGAUCUUAAACUCAAACCGCCCUUGUUCAUAGGACGGAUAGAUCCCGAGGCCUAUUUGGAUUGGGAGCGACGCAUGGAUAACAUAUUCGAUUGUUAUUCGUAUUCGGACCGUCGACAAGUCCAAUACGCGGCUGCUCAAUUAGCCGAGGGUGCGUUAGCUUGGUGGGAUCGUGAGUUGGCCGAGAGACAACGUGCUCAAAUAGAGUCGGUCGGAACUUGGCGUGAGAUGAAAGCGUUACUGCGAAAACGCUAUAUACCACCUCAUUUUCAUCGAAAACUGGUAUCGGAGAAUCUCGCAAGGUGCUAG